CUCCGUGUCAACAGCGAUGCUUCAAACCAGCCUUCAGUGCAGCGGGUAUGGCUUCUUCCGCAGCGCCUGACCCGCGCACCUUCGAAAGCUGGGAAGAUGCUUUUCAGUACCCAAUUCCCGUCAUCCGGAAGCUGGAGCAGCAACUCCGCUCCAGCGCCAAUGAGAAUCGUGAGAAGCUGCGGUCGCUCGUGGGAGCGAGCUAUCGCGAUCUCCUCGACACGGCCGAGACAAUCAUCGAUAUGGAGGAGAAUAUGGAGCAGGUCGAAAAUAAGCUUGCGAGAAUAGGACAUAACUGUAACUCGCGCAACAUCGAGCGCAUCGCAAGCAAUGCGGGGACCAUGGAAGCACACAAACAGGGUCGCGAUUCGGAUCAUUAUACCUUUGCCUCGCAACUGGCAAUUUUUCGUAAUUGCCCGGUCGUCAUGACGAGGUUACUGAAAAGCGACGGUCCAUAUCUGCUCAUUGCCAAAGUCCUCGUCGUUUCGCGUCUAUUAUACAAGUCGCUAUCUCAGUCGAAAAGCAAACCGCCAAUCAUUGAACAACUAUGGGACCGCCUGCUCUCGAUUCGUCGCAAGCUAUUGAGGAGGAUAGACAAGCGUCUUGCAGGCACAGUGGGGGACGUAUCGGCCCUGGUGGAAAGCAUGAGCGCCUACGCCCUAGUCACAAGCUCGACACCGACCGAUGUUUUGCAGCACUUUCAUAAGAUGCGGUUGGAGAAAAUGGUUAGCUUGCUUCAGCGAGGUCAUGACGAAUUGGCCAAGCACGGGAUCAGCGCUCUUCGACUGUGCAUUCAGACUUGUCAAGAUACGCAAACUGUCUUCCCACGGCGUUUGGCCGACUCUCUUGCACGGCUCAAGGCGCAACCACUUGUUCAAGAUCCCCAUGUACGGGAGCUGUAUGAAUUGAAUCUGGAUAUUCACGAUCGGUGGAUAGGAGACGAGGCACGCAAUUAUACACCAUGGCCUCGUCACGAUGAGUUGCAGCGUGCGGAUGCUGAACGUAUCAUGCACCAAUGGUCAAAACAAGCCAUUUCCAUGUUUCUUCAAAACAUCAAGAAAGCACUCAAAGAGGAAGGAAGACUGAAGGAAGUCGCGUCGUUGCGCUCGGAACUCAUUGAAACAUGGAUCAUGUCUGGCUCUAGAAUGGCAGGCGUCAAGUCCGCCAAUGUGCUGAACGACCUUCGUGACAGUAUGAACAGUCAUCUUGAAACCAUUAUCCGUGCCCGCACUCAGAAUCUCAAAUCUGUUGUGAUGACAAUCGCAAAGACACUCGAGUCCUGGCCAGUAGACUCCUCGACCGGGUCAGACGUGUCACUGUGGAGUACAACAGCGACACCUUCGGAUCUAUCGAAUGGUGCAGCAGCCUUCAAAUCUACUAUAUCAAAUAUCCACCACGGCCGCAACGAAUCUGUUGUAGAUGUCAUUACCAAAUUCGACGACUGGAUGCAGUCUGUGUUGGAAGUCAAAGGCAUCGUGAAGUCGAUGAAGGAAGCGCGUUGGGAUGAUACGUUUGCCGACGACGUUGAUGAUGAAUCGGAUGACGAGUUCGGGGAUUCGAAACAAACGCUGCUCAGCGAUGAAGAUCCACGUUUACUUGAGGAAGUCACCCAAGAAGCACUGGGCGGUGCGCUUCAAAACCUCGGCAAGAGCUUGGGCAGCAUCGUCGAAGGACUGACCGAAGACGAACAAGACGGCGACAUACAGCAGGUCUGUUUCGUAAUGAGGGUGAUGCGGGAGAUCAGUGAACGCAUCCCAAAACUGCGAUUACAAGACAAAGCAACGCCGCUCAAAACUCCUUUCACAUCAGUUCUGCUAAGUCCAUUACAUUCUGCGCUAGCCAAGCAAGCCGUGCAACCUUCUCUAGCACGGUAUGCGAAAUCUCUUGCAAAAUCGACUCGAGCAAAUUCCAAAAGCCAGAUCCUCUGGGAAGGCAACCCGCCUUUGCCAGCCCAGCCAUCUCCAAGCGCUUUUAGCUAUCUGCAAGCCCUCAACCGGACAAUGGGCAGCUACGGAAGUGAUCUGUGGGCUCCAGCCAGUGUUUCGACCCUCAAACAGACCGCCUCAGAUCAGAUAUCUGCUCUCCUCAACUCCCAUAUCGACUCGAUCGACAAAAUAGUCAUCAAAUCAACCAAUACCGAUUCAAUCUCAAAGACCGAUGAAGUAGCACCUUCAGAAGAAGGCCCCUCUGAAUCCACAACGGCCCCCGAUGGCGAGAAAGAUUCACCCGAGUCGACAGCGGCAGCAACAGCAACCGAUCCCUCGCAACCCCCUCUCCUCCUCCAGCUCAAAGACCAGAAAUUCAAACAAGCCCUCUUCGACGCACUCUACAUCCACCGAUUCCUCACCCACCCCAACCCUAUCGCCUCGGACCCCGCGAACACGCCUUUUGAGAAGUUACUCCGCGAUGCGGCGGAGAAGAGCGCGUUAGAUGAAGCUGGCGUUGCGAGGAUGAGGAGGAGUGCGGCGGAGUACGCGAAGAAGACUUAUCUGCUGUUUGCUUUGCUUGCUUGA